AUGGAGAAGGAGGCCGCCCACAAGGACACCGUGCUCGCCCACAAGGACACCGUGCUCGCCCACAAGGACACCGUGCUCGCCCACAAGGACACCGUGCUCGCCCACAAGGACACCGUGCUCGCCCGCCUGCUCGCGCAUGCCAAGUCCACCAAGCAGGUGCGUGCGCGAGCAGCUGCGCCCUUCAUCCUAGCAGCUGCGUCCUUCAUCCUAGCAGCUGCGCCCUUCAUCCUAGCAGCUGCGCCCUUCAUCCUAGCAGCUGCGCCCUUCGUCCUAGCAGCUGCGCCCUUCAUCCUAGCAGCUGCGCCCUUCGUCCUAGCAGCUGCGCCCUUCAUCCUAGCAGCUGCGCCCUUCAUCCUAGCAGCUGCGCCCUUCAUCCUAGCAGCUGCGCCCUUCAUCCUAGCAGCUGCGCCCUUCAUCCUAGCAGCUGCGCCCUUCAUCCUAGCAGCUGCGCCCUUCAUCCUAGCAGCUGCGCCCUUCGUCCUAGCAGCUGCGCCCUUCAUCCUAGCAGCUGCGCCCUUCGUCCUAGCAGCUGCGCCCUUCAUCCUAGCAGCUGCGCCCUUCAUCCUAGCAGCUGCGCCCUUCAUCCUAGCAGCUGCGCCCUUCGUCCAAGCAGCUGCGCCCUUCGUCCAAGCAGCUGCGCCCUUCAUCCUAGCAGCUGCGCCCUUCAUCCUAGCAGCUGCGCCCUUCAUCCUAGCAGCUGCGCCCUUCAUCCUAGCAGCUGCGCCCUUCAUCCUAGCAGCUGCGCCCUUCAUCCUAGCAGCUGCGCCCUUCAUCCUAGCAGCUGCGCCCUUCAUCCUAGCAGCUGCGCCCUUCAUCCUAGCAGCUGCGCCCUUCAUCCUAGCAGCUGCGCCCUUCAUCCUAGCAGCUGCGCCCUUCAUCCUAGCAGCUGCGCCCUUCAUCCUAGCAGCUGCGCCCUUCAUCCUAGCAGCUGCGCCCUUCAUCCUAGCAGCUGCGCCCUUCCUCCUAGCAGCUGCGCCCUUCAUCCUAGCAGCUGCGCCCUUCAUCCUAGCAGCUGCGCCCUUCGUCCAAGCAGCUGCGCCCUUCAUCCUAGCAGCUGCGCCCUUCGUCCAAGCAGCUGCGCCCUUCAUCCUAGCAGCUGCGCCCUUCAUCCAAGCAGCUGCGCCCUUCAUCCAAGCAGCUGCGCCCUUCAUCCAAGCAGCUGCGCCCUUCAUCCAAGCAGCUGCGCCCUUCGUCCAAGCAGCUGCGCCCUUCAUCCUAGCAGCUGCGCCCUUCAUCCAAGCAGCUGCGCCCUUCGUCCAAGCAGCUGCGCCCUUCAUCCUAGCAGCUGCGCCCUUCGUCCUAGCAGCUGCGCCCUUCAUCCUAGCAGCUGCGCCCUUCAUCCUAGCAGCUGCGCCCUUCAUCCUAGCAGCUGCGCCCUUCAUCCUAGCAGCUGCGCCCUUCAUCCUAGCAGCUGCGCCCUUCAUCCUAGCAGCUGCGCCCUUCAUCCUAGCAGCUGCGCCCUUCAUCCUAGCAGCUGCGCCCUUCAUCCUAGCAGCUGCGCCCUUCAUCCAAGCAGCUGCGCCCUUCAUCCUAGCAGCUGCGCCCUUCAUCCUAGCAGCUGCGCCCUUCAUCCUAGCAGCUGCGCCCUUCAUCCUAGCAGCUGCGCCCUUCAUCCAAGCAGCUGCGCCCUUCAUCCUAGCAGCUGCGCCCUUCAUCCUAGCAGCUGCGCCCUUCGUCCAAGCAGCUGCGCCCUUCAUCCUAGCAGCUGCGCCCUUCGUCCAAGCAGCUGCGCCCUUCAUCCUAGCAGCUGCGCCCCUUGAGUCCAAAGCAGCAAAUGAGGGCGCAGCAGCGCAUGCAGAAGGAGCUGGAGUGGGCGGCGGGGAGGGAGGAGCGGAUGAGGCGGCAGCUGAUGGAGGCGCAGGAGGGCAUCGCGCAGGAGGGCAUCGCGCACCGAGACGCCUUCCUGCAGCAGCUGCAGGAGGAGGCUGCGCUCUCCGCCUCCGCACUCAAACAGGCCGCCAGGAGGAGCAGCUGGAGUCGAUGGGCGACCAGCUCGCCAAGGAGCGCGCCAAGACCCGCCGCGAGCGAGAGAACACCGCCCGCGUUACUGCUGAGCUGGCGGAGGAGCGCAUGGCGGUGGAGGAGAUGGCGGGGCGGGUGGGGCGGCUGGAGAGCGAGGUGCAGCGCAAGGAGCAAGAGGUGCAGCACAGCCGCCACGAGGCGGACGCUGUCAGGGCGCAGCUUAAAGCCACGCAGCAGGCGUUGGAGGAGGCAGCGCAGCAGGCGAGGGAGGCGCAGGCAGGGAGGCAGCAGGCGGAGGCGGCGGCAGAGGAGGAGCGGGCGGCAGCAGCAGCGGCGGGGGAGGGGCAGCAGAGCGCAGAGCAGCGCCUCAGGGAGGCGCAGGCACGCGUGCAGCUGCUGGAGGGCGAGGUGGUGUGGUGUCGCUCAAGUGGCGUUGAGCAAGGACUCGCUACUGGCUGCUGCCAACACCCGCAAGGAGUUGGCGGGGGCGGAGGCGCGGAUAGCAGCGCUGCAGGGGUCGGUGGCAGCAUUGGAGGCGGAGAUCAACCAGUGGCGGCACGGCAGGACCUGAAUGCAGCGAGGGAGCGCGAGGCGGAGCUGUUGGAGCAGCUGGAGCAGCGCGAGGCGGAGGUGGAGAGCCUGCGCCGCGACACCUCCGAGAACAUCCGCGCACAGCGUGCUGAGCUCGCGUUGCGCGAGGCCGCCCACAUGCUCUCCGCCGCCGCUGACACCCGCCAGGCGCUGCGGAGCAUGAAGGAGCAGAUGGAGUGGAUGCAGGAGGAGGCGCGCGUCAAGGAGGAGCGCCUGGCAGCGCUGCAGGAGGAGUUUGUCUCCGCCCUCAAGGGCACCACCUUCCCAUCACUGGACAAGAGCAUUCUAAAGCGAAGAAAGGUUCCGCCACAAGGGAAGUCGUCUGGAGGAGAUGCGCAACCCGAAUUACCUUCCUGA